GUUUGGAAUAAGUGUGAUAUAUUUAAUCACACUUAUUUUUUGUAUGUUCCAAAGCUACAAAGAAGUUGAACAAAUGAUAUACUGGUAUGACCCAGAAAUUGAGAACUAUGAAUUUAAAAUUGAUUAUGUGGGAAUGGAUCAUCUUAUUUGCUCAGAUGUUAAUUUGAAACUAAUAUGGCUGUAUGUAAGUGACAUGAUUUUCUUCAGUGACUUGCUUGGAUGGGCUCUCAAAGCAAUGAUUGUACGUCACCUUGGAAUACUCUGGAUGGCCAGUGUCUCUUGGGAAUUAACUGAGAGAUUAUUUGCUCACAUCCAACCAGGAUUCUUGGAGUGUUGGUGGGACACUGUAUUUAUUGAUGUUAUUGCAAGCAACGGUCUUGGUAUUUGGCUCGGCCUUAAGAUGUGCAAACUUUUCAAAAUGCAACAGUUUAGAUGGACUAGUGUGAGAAGGCAAACAGCAGUAAACCUAGAGCCAGACUUUUUGCUGUGCGCUCAUUCUCGUUGGGGGAUGAACAAGUUUCUUUGGCCUUCUCCACCCUUCAAGCGCUUCCUUUACAUCAGCUUUUGGCUCUUAAUCUGGCAACUUGGGGGCCUGAACUCAUACUUUCUAAUCACCGUCUUUGAGAUUCCAAAGUUUCACUCCCUUGUGGUCGGCAGAGGGAUUUUACAUUUUGCGGUUACUGCACCAUCUUUCAGGCAAUACUACUUGUAUAUAACUGAACCAAACCAAAAACAUUUGGGUUGUCAAGCCUGGGUGUUCUUGGCCAUCGUCGUGUCUGAAACCUAUCUCUGCAUCAUACAUGGUUAUGAUUAUGAUGUCUUCAAACAUACUAAAAUCAUCAACAUUUGCAACUGGAUACUUGCAAAUCUCUUCCUUUCUUACAUCUGUGUGUUUGGGCCAGACUUGUGGCAGAGGUUUUUGCAGUAUUGCAAUGUAAGAAAAUGGAUGAACUACCAAUCUACUGACUUCGUGAAAGCCUCUUCCAAAAAGUUGUUUAAAACAGGAUCAAGAGAAUGCUUAAUAUUUCAAGAUUAGGCAGGAUAGUGUCUUCUCCAUAACAUUUUGUACCUACAAAUAAGUGU